CAACGUUACUUCCUGUCACACAGAAAUAAAGCAAAGAAGGAAUCAAGUAUUUAUGGCGGAACAUGACGUUAAUUGGACGAGGCGGGGAUUCAAGAAUAUGUGUUAGAACCUAUAUAUGGAAAUAUGGGUUCUAGAAUCAGAGAUAAGCCAGAGAAAAUCUAUGAAGUUUUCAUGGAGAUUGGCAAGGCCAAUGGAGAACAUGAAGAACCCUUUUUGAUACAAAGUUAUCCCAGAGACUACAGUGAUGAGGAAGUUCUUAAGUCUGUUCCCAAAUUUGCGUUUCCAUGCGACACUGAAAGGUACACGACGACAGUGGACCACUUCACAUUUGUGCUUACAGAGAUAGAUAGUACCCUGAAGUUUGUGUUUUGUCGUCACGCCACUGGGGCCCAAACAUGUCUGUGUAUCGUCAGUUACUUCCCUUGGUUCGAGAUCUUUUACAAUCUGCUCAACCAGUUGGCAGAGAUGCUGAACCACAACUACGAGAGAGAUAUGACAUCCUUUCUAAGAGCUGCAUAUAUCCAGGAUGUUCCAGCUCCUGGUGUACCAGUUACUAUAGCAGCCAAUCAGGAAAUGUUGAACUUCACUGCUCCAGAAGUAAAUAAACUACCAAGUAUACCUUCAAAUAGAAACCUAACAGAGUAUUACAAUGCCCUGGAUACUGCCAACAUGAUGAUUGUGUUUGCCAGUAUGCUGAAUGAGAGAAGAAUCGUUGUGACGUCUCGUCGCCUGUCACGCUUGACUGCCUGUAUCCAUGCCUCAGUGUCUCUAUUGUACCCUAUGUUCUGGCAGCAUCUCUUCAUCCCCAUACUUCCAGCUCACCUUUUAGAUUACCUCAGUGCACCCAUGCCAUACGUGAUAGGAGUACACUCCACACUGAUGGAGAAAAUGAAGAUGUCUGAAUUAGGUGAUGCUGUUAUAGUGGAUGUAGACAGCAACACCGUACAGACAGAGCACGAUGACCUCGAGGAUCUGCCGUCUGAUAUCUCAUCAUAUCUGAAACGCCACCUAAAGGGUGACAAAGUGAGGAUAUCCAUGCAGACAUCAGGUGACGCCAUCCCCAGAACAUUCCUUAUGGCUUUAGUACGACUCAUAGGUUGUUACAGAGAUGCACUGCGAUUCAAACAAGGAGAACCUAUCACUUUUGACCCUGAAGCAUUUGUACUCUCGCGACCUCAAUCCAUGCAGCCAUUCCUUGAAAAUAUGCUUCAACUUCAAAUAUUUCAACAGUUUAUCAACGAACGUCUAGACAUGCUCAACUGUGGACAUGGUUUCAGUGACAUCUUUGAGGCUGAGGCCCUACAAAAUGCAGACAAGCUCAAUACUCAGUCACGUUAUAAAGAGUGGCUCUCUAAUAUGAAGAAACAAGGCAAUAAAUUUCAAAAAGGUGGAAAAGACAUUUGGGCUGGCAUUAAAGAAAAGGCCGCACCAGUUAUGUCUAACGCCGUUCAUUCUGUCAAGUCACAAGGCAAGAAGGCUUACACAGGUAUAAAGAACAAAAUGGCAGACCUAAAGAAGGAGGAUGAACCUGCUAAUACGAAGACUAAAAGCAUGAAAUAUCCGUCCACCCCAAAAAUGACCUCCCGCGAUCGCCCCUCUACAGUUAUAGGGCAACCACUGAAAACACUACGUCCUCCUCGACCUCCAGUGCUGUCUUCACCAACAGGAGACAAACUUAUUGUGUCAUCAUCAUCACAGGACAGGAUUUCAAGAUACAAGAUGAUAACGGUGGAAGAAAAGUUUCAUGAUGACUCUGAUGUAGAGUUAGCAUACAACAGGGUUAGUGUGAAUCUUUUGAGUGACCCAGAUAUUCAACAGGCACUGAACCGAGCUGCCAGUGCAGAAAACAUCGUCCGUAUGUCAGGCAAAACCCAUCAACUGGUUGAGAACCUGGACGGAACAUCAUCAGGCCCAUCCAGUGGUAGAAACUCCCCAUCUACUGUCAGUAGCUCCUCAGCGUUUGAGUACCAGGAGUCCGAGAAUACUGGAUAUCAUCAUCAGGGUAACAGAGACACUUUUGGAAGUGUACCAUUUAUUGAUAUAAGCUCAGAAGAUGAAUAUGUCGGAUUAUCAAAUCCAAAUGAUCAAUAUGUGAAACUGGCAUCAUCAUCUGGGAAUGUUUCCACUUCAAAGUUGGGUCAGGAUGAUCAUCCCGUUCCUCCACCCAGAAGUUCCAGGAGUCCUAUUUCCACAGCUCUAGCAGACAGAUUGAUAAGUGACAGAUCAAAGGCUGGUAGUCCACCACCUCCAGCUCCUCACUUGGCCCCGAAACCUGUACCUCGACAAAGUCUAAAGCGUAAAAAUGAAGGACAACAGAAACAGCUGGCAACAGACUCACUGAUGCAGUUUCAGAAUUUAGAAUUGGAGGAUAGUUUUGAUCCAUUUAAAUCACCAACAUCACAGACAGUAUCUCAGAUAGACAAGUUAAAAGACCUGACUUCGCCUACAGAGGAUCUCAGCACUAGUGUGAACAGGACUCCAGCCUUCAGGAUGCCUGCCACAGGAAUUCCUAAAAGACAAAGUAUGAAAAGAGAUAAGUCUUUGUCCCCGGAAAAAGACAAUAAUACUGGUCAAAACCUGUUGGAUUUUGACCCCUUGGCUAGUUCUAGCAAAGUUCAGAGCUCUGUCCCCCAGAAAACUGGGACACAGGGUAACCCAACAUCUCCAGAACUGCUACAGAAUUGGAACAUAGACCACUUAAAGACUAAAACACAUGACCUUGGUCCAAUGCCAAAGCCUGGCUUUGUACAAAGGACAGCUGCAGAGUUUGCUUUAAGUUCAGGUGGUCAGAAUAACAUAAGUGUAUCCUAUGGGAAGCGCCCCUCCCCUGCAGUUGUUCCACGCCCAACCUCAGUCCUACCAGACCACAUCCCAUCAUCCUCUAGUCCAUACUCUACCCCUAAUUCGUACAAUCCUACCCGCCCUAGCUACAGGCCUGUUACAUCAUCACCUAACAUUCUCAAGCCCGAAACCUCAAAGUCCAAAGGGACUGAUCCCUUUAGUGAUUUGGUAGGCAUCCAGUUAGGGCCGACCAGUCAACCGCCUCCAACUAACGUGGCUUCCCCAGCACCCCAAAUGAAUAGAUGGGAAACAUUUGAAUAAAGAACAGUGAUAUGUAGAUAAUAUGUUGUGUAAAUUUUAUCAUAAAUUGUUAAAUAGAUUUAGAGCCCUUGGUCAUAGUGAAGUAUUCUCCUUUAAUUAAUUGUCAGGUCCUGAUUCAUGUAAAGUCUGUCCACCAUUUUGAAAUAGACUCUUUGGUCUCCGUUACAUUAGCCCACUAUUCGUACUACGAGUGUGCCACCCUCUGGUCCUUGUUAAGUUUGUUCAAUCUGACUUGCAAUAUCUCACCCCUUUGGUCCUAAUUAAAUCUGCCCCCCUCCCCCACCUCCACUCUAACUAGCAGUAUAUCGCUCUAUGUUAAGUCUGUUAAAUCCUACUAGAUGUGUAUCAUUACGUCUGUUCACCAAUCUUACUAGCAGUAUAUCACUCACUGGUCCAAGUUAAGACUGUUGACCAAACAUUAACCAACUGUAUGUCAUUCCCUGAUCAUAGUCCACUAAUCUAACUUGAUACAUAUAGCAGUAUAUCUCCCACUGGUCAGAGUAAACUGGGGCCUCUUACUUACUACAUGUAGCAGUAUAUCUCCCACUGGUCCAGGUAAAGUGGGGCCUCUUACUUACUACAUGUAGCAGUAUAUCUCCCACUGGUCAGAAUAAACUGGGGCCUCUUACUUACUACAUGUAGCAGUAUAUCUCCCACUGGUCCAGGUAAAGUGGGGCCUCUUACUUACUACAUGUAGCAGUAUAUCUCCCACUGGUCCAGGUAAAGUGGGGCCUCUUACUUACUACAUGUAGCAGUAUAUCUCCCACUGGUCAGAGUAAACUGGGGCCUCUUACUUACUACAUGUAGCAGUAUAUCUCCCACUGGUCCAGGUAAAGUGGGGCCUCUAUUUUACUACAUGUAGCAGUAUAUCUCCCACUGGUCCAGGUAAAGUGGGGCCUCUUACUUACUACAUGUAGCAGUAUAUCUCCCACUGGUCAGAGUAAACUGGGGCUUCUUACUUACUACAUGUAGCAGUAUAUCUCCCACUGGUCCAGGUAAAGUGGGCCUCUUACUUACUACAUGUAGCAGUAUUUCUCCCACUGGUCCAGGUAAAGUGGGGCCUCUUACCUACUACAUGUAGCAGUAUAUCUCCCACUGGUCCAGGUAAACUGGGCCUCUUACUUACUACAUGUACCAGUAUAUCACCCUGAGGUGUAAAUGAGGCUGUAAGUAAGUCUUGUUGAAUGUUUUUCAUAUUGUAAAUACAUACUACAGUAUGAAUAAAAAUGAAAUUAAAGAAAUUAAAUCCCGGUUUGCAAAAUUAAUAGCUUGGUUGGCUGGUCUGGUAUUCUCAUCAGCUUUAUCAUAUGUAGAAUGCUCAUUUUUUGUAAUCUGUCUCGGGGUAUACGCCUUUACCAUGGUAAACCACCAAAGUUCCUCCGCAAAGGAGAUAAAACAUCUCUAUACUAACACAGUGAUUAUUGUGGGUAUCAGCUAUUUUAUAUAAUAAUUGUUCUACGAACAGCAACCCUUGUUUUAUAAAACUUAUCACCCUGGCUUUGUGAGUUCAGAGAAAUUUUUUAGGUGACUUAAUAUUUCUAAUACUUUAGUUAAGAUCGCCCUCUGAUUGUAGUUUUAUCUGCAAGAAAUAGACAAGGUAUUAAGUAUGUAUUUAAAUAUUUAGAAGUUGACUUGUCAACCCAUCGCCCCUAAACAUAACUUUGAUCACAGAGUACACAAAGGUGCUGCUAUGUUUGAGAGAAGCUAAUGUUUUGAUAUGGAAAUGCAAUGUAUGAUUGUUUAAUGUUUUAACAAAAGCAAUCUUAGAUAUUUUCAAAAUGUUUGAAUUGUUUGACCUGAUGAUAGGAAUCAGUUGCCAGAUGUACAGAUGAUGCCAGGAUUCAGAAGGAUAAGGUUACCAGUGACAUGGGUCCUCUUUCUCCUCAUCUUGAUAAUGUAUAUUGAAAAGACGUUCUUAUAUCUUAACUUGCUAAUUGGUUGUGGUAUAAAAAUAUCUUUUCAAUGUGUUACACUUUAUUUACCAUUCUGUCAGCUAUUUUUUCAUAUAGAAUUGUAUCACGUCAAAAGACGUUAGCUGUAAAGAUGGAUUCCAUUUGAUGGUUUUAAUUUUUGUAAUUUACCAAAAGUUUUAUGUAAAAAAAAUUUUUUAACAAAAAUCAUGAAAUUGACUCAAUUUCAGAUAAAUAUUUUUCAUAUAUUUCCUCCUAGAACAUAGCAGAAAGGAGAACGUCCGCAAAAAUAACAUUUACACAAUUAGGCAUGUCUUACAUCCUGAAUGACAUUCAUGUGACAACUCCAUCAUGACGUCAUGAUUGUCUUGUCAAUAUGUUAUAUCUUCAUCAAUAUUGCCUGUCUGAUAGGAAAAUAAAUUUUCCUUCUUUUUUUUUUAACAAAAAUGAGUGACAUGAGAAAUAGAAUCUUACAUUCUGGUCCAAGUCAUAUAGAAUUAUCUAAUUUGUCAAAUAAUUUGAUGUGACAUGAGCCUUAAGGCUAAUGUUGUACAUAAUUAACCAUGGUUAAGGAAUUCAGUAUUAUAUGCACAUUUGUAUAAAAUGCUGUCAAAUUAAAAAUAACACAAUAAACAGUUUAUUAUUUGUAACACAUGUCAAGUUAAGGAUUGGUAAGUUUCUAUUGUACUCUAGUCUAUACACUUGUGAAGUGAUUGGAGAUUGAAGAGAUUGGGAUACCGAAUGUUGACAGAUGUUUUCUCUGUACUCUGCACUUAGAUGAACAGGCUGUGUUACUGAUCUAGAUAGAAAUUUCCCUUUAGACUGUAGGCAGGGUUUGGACAUUACUCAGAUGUGGUGCCAUUGACAAUUUCAGAUAGAAGUUGGAGUGGUUUGAGGUUUCCAUGGAAUUAUGGAGCCGGGUUUGUGGUUGUCUAUUGGGGCGAUGACUUUUUAUGCCCAAGGAUAGAAAGAUCAAGGGCAUAUUAUCUUGUGCUGUCUGUUUGUCUGUUGUCAACUUUAACCUUACCAAUAACUUUGACAUCAUAAGAGGUAGGAUUUCAAUAUUUGGCAUGCAUGUUUCUUAUGACUAGACCUUUCUGGUGGUUCCAGAAUGUUUGACUAUAUGACCCUGACUGUGACCUUUGACUUACAUUUGGAAAAAGUUAAACAUUGGCCUUAACUAUUGCACAAUGAAGACAUAAGUGUUUCACAAAGUGUGCAUGCUAUUAGCACAUGCCUUACACAAUACAGUUUUAAUGUACCACUUCAGAAUUUUAUUGCAACCAGGGGCAUAAUGUUUCAUAAACACAUCUUGUUGAUGGAGCAUGCAAACAUAUAGAGUACAGGUCACCUUGUCUCAACAUCUGGAAACAUCCAUUAAGUCGAGCAGAAGGGUGCUUGCUUUCAGCUCAAAAGAACUUGAGUGUGAGUGGGGUCAGACAAUUUUCAUUUUAAUCCUUCCUAUCACAGUAUCAUUGUGUAUGUUUCCUCUGUGCUUUUGUCCGGUAUGCUUGCCACAUGACAGUUGCUUGUUAAGUCUUUCAUUGCUUGUGUUGUCCGUAGAAAUGCAUGUAACAGCUAUGUUUUGGCAUUGUUAUAUUUAUUUGCUGUUUCACCGAGUUGAUGUUUGCAGGCUGAUAGAUGUAAUGUUUUGUUAUCUAGAAAACUUCUACAUGGGUAACUACUUUGUUUGUUACAUUGAAACCAUUGUUUUUAUAGCCUUAGUAAAUGACAAAGCUAUAAGUGUCUAUUUAUAUUUUUACUACAAGCAAUAUCUGUGUUUUUUUAUAAUAGAGACAGGCAAAGCCUUUCCUAUGAACACAAGGCACAUUCUAUUGAGAUUGCUUUUUAUGUUGCCACAGCAACAGGGUUGUGUGUGGGGAGGAACUUUAGUUUGCUAUCACUGAUAAUAUGUAAAAAAAAUACAUUUAUCCAUAAAAGAUUUGUUGUAGAUUAAGUUCUUAAUUUUCUAAUCUGACCUUGUGGUACCUCACCUGACCUUGUAUGGAUCAAUGUCAGAUGGUACCUCACCUGACCUUGUAUGGAUCACUGUCAGAUGAUACCUCACCUGACCUUGUAUGGAUCACUGUCGGAUGGUACCUCACCUGACCUUGUAUGGAUCACUGUCAGAUGAUACCUCACCUGACCUUGUAUGGAUCACUGUCGGAUGGUACCUCACCUGACCUUGUAUGGAUCACUGUCAGAUGGUACCUCACCUGACCUUGUAUGGAUCAAUGUCAUAUGGUACCUCACCUGACCUUGUAUGGAUCACUGUCAGAUGGUACCUCACCUGACCUUGUAUGGAUCACUGUCAGAUGAUACCUCACCUGACCUUGUAUGGAUCACUGUCGGAUGGUACCUCACCUGACCUUGUAUGGAUCACUGUCAGAUGGUACCUCACCUGACCUUGUAUGGAUCAAUGUCAUAUGGUACCUCACCUGACCUUGUAUGGAUCACUGUCAGAUGGUACCUCACCUGACCUUGUAUGGAUCAAUGUCAGAUGGUGCCUCACCUGACUUUGUAUGGAUCAAUGUCAGAUGGUACCUCACCUGACCUUGUAUGGAUCAAUGUCAGAUGGUACCUCACCUGACCUUGUAUGGAUCAAUGUCAGAUAGUACCUCACCUGACCUUGUAUGGAUCAAUGUCGGAUGGUACCUCACCUGACCUUGUAUGGAUCACUGUCGGAUGGUACCUCACCUGACCUUGUAUGGAUCACUGUCAGAUGGUACCUCACCUGACCUUGUAUGGAUCAAUGUCAGAUGGUACCUCACCUGACCUUGUAUGGAUCACUGUCAGAUGGUACCUCACCUGACCUUGUAUGGAUCAAUGUCAGAUGGUGCCUCACCUGACCUUGUAUGGAUCAAUGUCAGAUGGUACUUCACCUGACCUUGUAUGGAUCAGUGUCAGAUGGUACCUCACCAGACCUUGUAUGGAUCAGUGUCGGAUGGUACCUCACCUGACCUUGUAUGGAUCAAUGUCGGAUGGUACCUCACCUGACCUUGUAUGGAUCAAUGUCGGAUGGUACCUCACCUGACCUUGUAUGGAUCACUGUCGGAUGGUACCUCACCUGACCUUGUAUGGAUCACUGUCAGAUGGUACCUCACCUGACCUUGUAUGGAUCAAUGUCAGAUGGUACCUCACCUGACCUUGUAUGGAUCACUGUCAGAUGGUGCCUCACCUGACCUUGUAUGGAUCAAUGUCAGAUGGUGCCUCACCUGACCUUGUAUGGAUCAAUGUCAGAUGGUACCUCACCUGACUUUGUAUGGAUCAAUGUCAGGUGGUACCUCACCUGACCUUGUAUGGAUCACUGUCAGGUGGUACCUCACCUGACCUUGUAUGGAUCAAUGUCAGAUGGUACCUCACCUGACCUUGUAUGGAUCAAUGUCAGGUGAUGCUCAACUCGAUGCAUACGUUGUACUUGGUUUUAUCUAGAAUUCAAACAGGAACUUAAGACCAUCAUACAUAGAAACAAAUAUGUAUCAGAAGUGAUGUAACGCAACAGUUUGUAGUUGCUGUCAAAAAAUUCUUGCAUAUUUCAAUAUGUUAUUAAUUAAAGACAAAUUGAUUAGUGGAUGGUUCAUGGUAUUACGGUGAGAAGUAAGGAAGUUGAGUGAGGAAAAUGUAUGAUUUAAUAUUCACACAACAAUAGGAAAACUACUUACAGAAAUUUGUAGAUGGAAACAAUUGUUACUAUUUGAUGUUAAACAAAUGUUAUGUAAUUCAUAAGGAACAAUUGUUUUGUAUCACUGUGUAUUAUCAUUACUUACUGUUGUAUAAGUGUUACUUAUAUUGAAAUGAAACUGACGCAUGAAUGCAAAAUGAAAUACUAUUAUUAAAGAAAAAAAAUAUGAA